CCUUUUUCGCCCCUAUCAGGUUUUACUGUGAAGCUAAGCCAACCUCCGAAUCAGUGCCUCACACUCAGUGCUGUUUGGAUCUUUACACCCAUUGACUGGCUGUUACGUACACUUUUUACUUCAGAACUGUUCGUAAAACCCUCUGGUGAGAGAUGAGGUCGCUCGCUAUCUUGUCCGUUUUCGUCGUGGUUGUCUAUAGCAACACGGAGGUCAGCCGGGUCGAGACAGAGGUCGUGCGAAAUAACGAUAUAUGUCCACCAAGGGCUGUGUGUGCCGACAUCUUUGAUUACAACCAAACAAACCAGACGACGGGAGAAGUGGUUGCUAAGAGACGGCGCGUGGUGAACUGUAUGUGCCCAGAGAGAGGGGAAUGCCCUAACCAGAGGCGUUACACCCUCCACGCCACUUCCAGACACAGGCAGCAGAUCUGCGAGUCUCGUAAUUCGCUGAGUCGGUGUAAGAAUGGAGAUAUAGCUGAACAGAUGCACGUCGAAGCGGACUUAUUUGACGGUAAAACCUAUUAUAAGAUGAACUGCAGAUGCCGACGCCACAGAAACCCCGUGCCUAACGGGGGUUUCCGAGACAGGGCAACAGAAUUGCUGGGACGAGUGUUCGAGGAGGACCACUGGGUGCAUAAUUACGUCUGUGCUCGCAGCAACCGACGCAGUCGCUCGAGAAGAACCAGAGAGUGAGAGAGUUGCAAUCAUCGUGACAUGGAUUAUCUGCCUUUUUUUCCUGGCACCACUAAAUUUCUCUGGGUUUCUCCAAAUAACCUGACCAUCUUAGCGUAAAAUAACCAAAAUCUUGUUCAUAAAUUUAUAAAUGUACAGUUUGUAAGGGUUUUUCUAGUUAUCAAGAUAUAUUUUUCGGCAUGGUCAAUUGUUUAUAUAUACCGCCGUCAUGUCGCCAAGUUGGAAUGCGGGUACUACACAGAAGUAGUGUUCACAUGUUUAGAUGACUAACUAGAGUUACGCCCCUUAGAAGAACUAACCGGGCCACCAUACGGGAAGGAUCACUCGGCCAUUUUCGACACCACUUCCGAAAACUUCGCCAAUGAGAAACUGGGAAGUAAAAGUUACCGAGAGGUCGGGCCAUUACGCAACAUCUUAUUACCGUCAGUGAUAUAUGUCCAGUAUUUGUUAUUUGAUAUUAAGAUAUAUUUGUAUAUCAUGUAGACUUGUUAACAAUCAUGUUUACAGAGAUUCCAGGUAAUCCAUAACCGUGUACGUUUAAUUUUAUGUGAAAAAGGUUGAAGUCGAAUACAGGACCGUGAAAUCGAAGACGUCAGAGUUUCGCUGAAGUAUAAUCGACUGAGCACAGUCGACCAGGAAUACAAAGGCAUUACUAUGUAGCUAAGCGAGAGCGCUUCGGGUUUAAAACUUUUGGAUAUGGAAAUUUCCACAGUUAGGAACGAAAUGAUUCCACAUACAUGAAAUUCUUUAUGCCUAUCUGAGAGUUUAAUGUGACUGAUAAGAAAACUGUUAUUUUGACCGAUUGUUAAUAAAAAUUAUAAGUGUCACCAAAA